AUGGGUGCUAUAGAAAGACCAGAUUUGAGCGUUUCCAGUCUGGCUGGACAAAAUAUUGUGGUAGCCUCAGGUAUUGGCAAUGUGCCCAGCACCACAGCCUUGGAAGCAUUACAGACUUUGGAACAGCGCCAGGUUCUUGACACUGUGUCAGACUUGCGUAGGUGUGGACUCGACAACGUGCUGUCACUACCGCAACUAGUGGUCUGUGGCGAUCAAUCUGCAGGGAAAAGUUCGGUCUUGGAGGCAUUGACAGAGAUACCAUUUCCUCGGAAAGAUAAUCUGUGCACAAGAUUUCCCACCGAGAUUAUACUACGUCGUGGAGUGACAGAGAAUUUGCGCAUCAGAAUUAUCCCGGAUCGUAAGCGCUCCGCGGAGGAGCGAGCGGCUCUCAAUGAUUUUCACGAGACCGUUGUUGACCUACGGGAUCUGCCAGAAAUCAUGUCCAAAGCAACAAGCGCAAUGGGGUUGGAGGACAGCCAGGCUUCCAAUGGGCUACGGCGGGCGUUCGCUAUGGAUGUUCUGAUCGUCGAGAUCGAGGGUCCAACCAGGCCGCAGCUCACAGUGGUGGACCUCCCGGGGAUAAUCCAGGCAGAGACUAAAGAUGCAUCACAGGCGGAUGUUGACAUGACCGUGGAAAUUACAAAGUCAUACAUUUCGUCGCCCCGGACCAUUUGCUUAGCCGUUAUAUCGGCCGCCAACGACUAUGCCAAUCAACCGAUCUUGAAUUUAGUUCGUCAAUACGAUCCAAAGGGCGAGCGCACUUUGGGAAUCAUCACCAAACCCGAUCGACUUCCAGCAGGCUCAGAGACCGAGUCAAGCUUCUUCGAUCUAGCAAGCAAUGAAGACAUUGUAUUCGAUCUUGGCUGGCACAUGCUUAAAAAUAGGACUUUUGAAGAGGUAGCCUUUUCUAUUUCCGAGCGAAACGUAUCGGAGGAACUCUAUUUUCGAGACUCGGUGUUUCGCCGACUUGGGCCCAAUAGUGUGGGGAUCCAGGCAUUGGUAACCCGACUCAGCAGGUUGCUUUUUACCCAUAUUCACCAAGAGCUUCCUAGGUUACAUACAGACCUAGAAGAGGCGUUGUCACAAGCAAGAAGUGAAUUAGGCGCGAUAGGAAGGGCACGAACUAAUGCUGGAGAGUGCAGGAGUUAUUUAACAGAACUCAGCCUUGGUUUUCAUGAAGUCUGCAAAGCAGCGGUCAAUGGGUAUUAUGAAGGAGAAUAUUUCAGGGUUGAUAAAGAGCAGGUGCUUCAGAAAAACAGUUCAGACUCCAUCCGGCGCUUGAGGGCAGUUGUCCAACUCCGAAACAAAAUUUUUUCGGACGAAAUCCGCUUGAACGGUCACAAGUUUCAUGUUGUUAGUGCCGAGGUGGACAAUCAGGCCGCUUCAAUUCAGCCCGCACUGGACCAAGGAGUUGAGGAGGGUGAUGGGCAAUCCUGCUCUGAGGAGAUUCCGGCUAAAGAACCUGGGCCUUUCAGCCACAUUGAAGCUCCGGAGAAAGUUACACACGAUGACGCUAUACACUGGGUCAAUGGUGCCGUCACUCGAGCACGUGGAAGGGAGCUGCCAGGCAAUUUCAACCCUCUUGUGAUCGCGGAGCUUUUUUGGGAGCAGUCGUCGAAAUGGCAUCACUUUGGUGUUGCUCACAUUAGUCAAAUAUCUGAGCUCUGUCGCACCUUCCUUGAAUCUUUGUUGAGAGACAAAUGCCCCCAUGACAUUCUGCUUCGCCUGUGGCCAAAGAUUCAAGACUGGGUAAGAGCAAGGCGCAGGCUUGCCACGGAAGAAUUAGAGAAAAUUCUUGAGGAGACGAGGUCUUAUCCAAUCAACUACAAUCACUACUAUACCGACACGAUCAAGAAGCGCCAGGUUGAGAGACGGAAGGCGGAGCUAGAACGAUGCUUGGAACAUGCGACUCAGCACGUCGACAUGCCAGGAUGUAGUUCCGACCACACUUUCCCAAGUGUCAACGUGAGCUUAGCGAUGAAGGUCUACUCGGAGCGAAUGGACCCGGACAUGGACACGCACAGUUCAGAGUUAGUACUGGAUUGUCUUCGGGCUGUCUACAAGUUAUUGGAUGCCGAUAUUCUCGGCAUUGCCGCAGAGCCAGAGAGUACCAAAAAGGAGCGAGAAGUCCUGACCGAAAAGGUGCGAAUGUUGACUGAAGGGCAACUCAUACUCAGUGAGCUUAUGUCGAGUUUAUCGUGUUAA